UUCCUCGUCAGAGUCUCUCUCUUAUUUUAGGCUGGCAAGAAAAAUAAUAAUAUUGCCUUUGCCUGACUACGUGCGGUUCGAUACUCAUCAAAAUUUCAUGUCAAUCCGUCCAUAAAAGUCGGAUUUUGCGAGAUAUACCCCAUCGUGUCGGCGUUCGUAAUGGUAUAGUUUGCCUCAUCAAGUUUCAAGUACUUUUACAUGCACAAACUUUGCUCUCUCUCUUGCGGGUUUGGUUUCAUUUCAUGCUAAAGUUGGCAUUGCGAUAGACUCGCAAAAUUGUUUUUCCGAACUUGUCAACCAAACUAAGUGGCUGGAGGAUUGUGGAAGUAAGUAAGUAAGCUACUUAUUGCGGCUUCUUGUCGCAUCGAUUUUAAUAAUCGAUGAAUAUAAUCCUUACAAUAUUAAUGACGAGCACAAGGGAUCUACUACAUAUUAGAUUAAUCCUUUUGUUCUUGGGGAAAGCACAAGUUUUCUUGUCCUGGAUACUUAUGAAUUAUUAAGAAGUUCUUCUUUCGUAUAUACAUAAAUCUAAUAGCAGCAGCAGCAGUACUGGAGGAACGCAAGCGUCUGAAUUUCGAGACUUGUAGCAAAAAAAGAAGAGAGUUCGCAGUAUACAGAGAUCAGCAGAAGUAGAGCAUGUUCAUUUUCAGUAAUCCAAUCCUGCCAAGUCAUAAAUCGAGUAACUCAACUUGUGCUCAUCCAGCACUUCUGGAAUCAGUUUAAUUUCCAUGAACUUACAAUAGGUCAUCAUAUUUAAUCAAUUCGCUAAACUACAACAAUUUGUAUUCAUCCAAUUUUGCGAAUCAGAGAGAGUUAAAGUAAAUCUAAAUCUGUCAAGAUUUGUGUAUGGCGUGUGUGUGUACUACUGCAUGCAUAUUAUGAAAAACGUUACACAACAUCAGCGAGCGUCACUUAUUUAGUAAUUUGACGCACAGAUCAAUAUUUCAGAAUGGAUAAGAGUGUAGAACAAUUCGAAACAAAAUUGUGUCGUUACACAGCUAAUUUCACUAUAAUAACCCCCAAAAAAUAACUACCCCGUACUCCCCAACUAGUGAAUAAGUGAUGUAAUAAUCCACCCAAAUAAGUGACCUGCUAUCAAAAAAAUACUACUGCAUUCAGCAAAUUUUAAUAAAUUGGCAGUGCAACUAAAUUAAUGAAUAAAUAACAACCAAUUCAUUUACUACAUAUGUACCAGUCAUCACGUUUCGUUUCGUUUAUUAUUAUUGUCCUUGGACCUUUUUCGCAUGCAGUGCAUGGUCAUCUCCAGUUUUUGGACGUAAAAUAAGUAAGAGCUGGACUGAACUCAUUUGCUGAUUAUUUAUUUCAGUAAUUACACUACUCUCAACCAACGUGAUACAUAAAUUUAACUAGUGUAUCGACCACAUUAAGACUGCUUAAAUACCACCGUCUCAACUUUCCCACUAAUGAAUUCCCUGGAAAAGUGACGUUACUUUACAUGUACUACGAGUUAUUAUCAUCGAACAGCUUGUCAUGCAAUGCCAUUAUUCCACCGUCGUCAUCACCGUCCUCCCAUCUAAUUUCCCUACAAUUUAUUAUAGCUGGGUGAAGGUGAAGUUGGCAUAAAAUUAGUAAUAAUGAAUGAGCAAAUGUUAAUGUUGAGCAUGGUCCAAAAACUAAAACUAAAAUAAAACUUUGUGUGCAUCCGUUCGUGCAAAAUGACAAUUUCCUUUCGAUGCCAUAAGCAGUUCGCAAUAAUAAAAUACCAUUCAGUUAAUAUGCAUGAAAUCUAAUUGGGAUGGAUUGGAACUCAUGGAUGGAAGUUGUAAAUAGCAGUAGCAGUGUCGACUCGCACUAUAAAAAUCGAUUGGAUAUGGAACAGGGUGGAACGGUGGUCGGAUUCAUUUAUAUAUUUGACGAUUGUUUGUGGUUUCACAGUUCUGCCGUCAAUUAAGUAGUGCGUCCUGCUCUGAGUGAGUUAUUGAAAUAAAAAUAAUAAACAUUCAAGAACCGGAGUUUGCAAUUUGUUUAAAUUCGCAAACCAUGCAGUCGUUGUUCUCGGUAUUGAGGAAGUUUGAUACCCUAACCCUAACUGCCUGCUGCCAUGACAAAGCUGUUCCGACGAGCCAUUGUGACACGGUGAAAUGAGAACAAUAGGACCAAUAUGGACAUUAAGAUUGAACAAUAAUCCGAGUGCAGUUUUUACGAAAUUUUAAUAUUUCUUGAUUCAUUAUGAGGUGGAAUUAUUUGGCGAAACUGGUGGUGAAAUCGACCCUGGUUGUGGUGGUGGUGACUAUGAUAGCGUUCUCUCUGCUGGACAGUGACUCGGUAUUACCUGCUGCUGGGGCAGAUGGGCACAAUUCGCAAGUUCAAUUGGCAGGGGUUGGUGAUAGUCGUGGUGGUGGCAAUACAGAUAAAGAUGAUAAUGGCCCUUAUUUCGAUUCCAUUGAAUUAGACGGAGGACUCAGUGAGGGUGAUGAUGUGGCGAAUGAAAAGUACCAUUUGCGGUUUUGGGAUCUCAUUAAUAGUACCAAGUCGAAAGACCACAAAGUGUCAACCCUUCCCAUCUUCACGAAGGAUAAGAUGGCCGAUUUAUGGAGGCCGAAACGGGGUCAGAAGGAGAUAACUCCAAAAUGGAAUACGCUAGUUCCGCAAAUAGUUUGGGAAAUGGAGGCAGAAAAUACUUCGUAUGCAAAGAGCUUUAAGACAAAAACCAUCGUUCUCUGGGACGGGUUUAAUUGGUGGGGUAAAAAAGAUUGGAAGGAUCCGAAGCAGUUGAUGUCAAAGGAUUGUGAAAUUGCUCCAAAUAGCAUAACAAACUGUCUCUUCAGUCAAAAAAAGAAUGAUCUCAAUUCAGUCGAUGCAGUGCUCGCUGCUCGCGAUAUGUUUCACACCGGCGCAGUUGAGGUUCCGGAUCACGUUUUGAAAUUUUAUUUCAUGUUGGAAUCUCCUUUUCAUUCCUGGGCGUUGCUGAACCGAUCUGAAGACUUACUCGCGACGUAUUGGAGGGGAAGCGAUAUUGUGACGCCGUACGCCAAGUGGGUAUACUACGAUCUGAAAAAGAAGCUCAUUAAACAGGGUAAAAAUUACGCACAUGGAAAGACCAAAACGGCUGCCGCAUUUGUGUCCAACUGUGCAGCUUGGAAUGACCGUAUGGGAUACAUUACCGAACUGAAAAAAUACAUCGACGUCGAUGUGUACGGAAGUUGCGGGGAAUUGACCUGUUCCCGCUUCGGAAGAGAAGACUGUUUCGGCAUGCUCAAAAAGGACUACUAUUUUUACAUGUCUUUCGAAAAUAGCAAUUGUAGAGAUUACGUCACUGAGAAAUUGUAUACGAAUGGCUUAUCAAAUGACAUCGUCCCCAUCGUCAUGGGUGGUCACCCAGACGAUUACUUGGCCCUUGCCCCCCACAAGUCGUACAUUCACGUGGAAGACUUCGACUCACCCAAAGAGCUUGGAGAAUAUCUUCACUUUCUUAUCGAACAUCCGGACGACUACAACAAAUAUUUUGAGUGGAAGGGGACCGGAGAAUUCAUCUCGGCCGCGUUUUUCUGCCAAAUCUGCGCCAUGGUUCAUUACAGCGACAUCGUCCCACCACCCAACCGAACAAAACCGUAUCGGUGGGGUCACGUCCAGGCGAUCGAUAGCGGAAUGUGCCUCCCAAAAGGGCACUGGUACUGGACCAAGGAUAACGACGGGAAGGCAAAGAAAUCCGCGAAAAAUUCACGGCUUAUCAAUCUCAAGGAUGCCAGUCAAGAAAAUUCGAUCAAGUUGGAAGACGUCGCGCAGGAUUUGGGCGUCAGCACGUUGUAUGAUGGAACUAAUUAAUUAAUGGUGCUGUAAUAUCUAGGAGUUAUGCAUAAUGUAUAUUUUUUAUAUAGUGAUAGUCACUUAUAAAUCUAUUUUAGUCAGUAUUUGAAUAUGUAUAUUAAGUUUUGGAUCGUGUAUGAAUAUUAUUUAUCGAUAUUUAUUGUCACAGAACGUGCUGGAAUAAAUUAGUGACGAUUCGUCACGUAAUGCGAGACAAUUUCAAA